CCUGCAUCCUUUACAGGAAGACAGAGAGCUAACGGUGUGUGUCCGUGCACAAGCGACUACCUUUCACUCUUUUCUAUUUACUUUCAUCUGUCUGCAGUGUGGAAUAUGGAUUUUUGCUGAGGUCUAAAACAGCUGCAUUGGAAUAUCCCACAAGGAUGCAUUUGCGUCUGUUGGUGCUGGUGGCAGGCUUGAUCUUGCAGAAGGAUCACACCAAUGUUCCUGAGCACGAUGAUGACAUCAUCAUCACCAGCAUGAGGUUGCGCGAGGGGCAGUUGGAACAGGAAGUCGCCAACCUGGUGCCAGAAACAGAGACGGUAACCAAGGCCACGACAUCGAAGGACCACCGGGAGAGUCACUCCGUCCUGCAAGCAGGGGACCAGGAUUUGGGGCAGAUCAAGAGUUCGGAGCCACACCAGCCUGAGCUGCAGGUGGGCGAGUCGUCGCUGAAAGAGAACCGUUUCACGGAGGACGAGACAGAGAUGAAGACACCUGAGCCACCCCCCAAGGAAUAUCCCGACACAGAAGACGCAGUACAGUCAGAGAAUGAAGAGCCGUCAGGUGUCAGCGAGGAGCACUCCCCACAGCAGGAAGUUGUCACAGCACAUCAACAUCAUGCCCCUGAAGAACCAGAACCAGAGUCAAGAAUAGAACCAGAACCAGGGUCAAAGAAUAGAACACUGGCAGAGGGUGGGGUAGACGUGCCUGAAGCCAUUCUGUCUGAAAAUGAGGUGAGCCAUGAGGCAGAGGAAGAGGCACACCUGUCUCACUCUGAUCUUAGUGACCCUGACGUGAACUCGAAAGCAUCUGAUGACCAAGGUCCAUUUCUCGUAGUGGUGACAAAUGGUCAGAAACAGAGAAGCAACCAUCUCAGUUUGACCUUAGUGACCCUGGACGUACAGAGAAGCAACUAGAUAGCGAUGUGGGGAUAGGGUCACAGGCAAAACCUAGACAAAGUCAAACCUCCACUGAUAGCACUAAUUACAUGUGGUAUCUCAACGUAUUCUCCGUCAUCGCCUUCCUCUACAGUUGCCUGAGAGGCAACUCACGGGACCAGGAAAUGCCCCAAGCGCCAAAAAACCAUGAUCUCCAGGCCGCCCGCCCCGUCCCAGAUCGGGAGACUCUGACGGGCUUCUAUGACCACUACGUCCACGUGCCCCCCCACGAGAGCCAGCGGGUGCGCGAGUUCGUGGAAGGCUUUGUGGACGACCUCCUGGCCGCCAUCCGGGAGACGUCGGGCGACCGAGCCGACAUGGAGGUGGACGACUUCAUCGAGGUGGGCAGCCUCUACGAGGCCUGGUGCACGGGGAGGACCUUGACCUGUGACCUCUGGGUGCCCGUCUCCCCCCGCGAGCCGUACAGCUUCGAAGCCCAGCUGUCGACUGACCAGGACGGACACGGCAAGUCCGAGGUGCGCUCGGGAUACGGGAGGGUGAAGGUGCGUGAAGGUGGACGAGGCACUGCCAAUGGAUGCCCAUGCGGUCAGACCGGCUCGAAGACAACGAUAUGCUGUGCCUUCUUCAUACCCAUGAGAAAAAGGAAGAGAAAAAGGGUGAGGUCGCAGAUGCCAUAGACGCACCCCUGUGCUGUGUGAAGUUCGACGACACGGACGUGUGUCUGGUCUCCUACGUCGCACCGAAGAGGAAGGACGGCACACCGG